AAUGCUAUCUUCCUCAUUAACUAUGAAAUGAAAGUGAGCAAAAGCAGCAAAUUUUACAGCAUGGCUCUUUUGUUUCUUACUUCAUUUUCCACAGUAUCUAGAGAGAGAAAGUGAGCAGAGCACGUGGGCAUUUAUCACCUUGUGGCCACCAUUGUUGCAUUUCUGAGCUUUUUUUUCUUGCUUCACCUCACUUUCCAGCCACAUCCCACACAAAACCCAUUUCUUGUUCUUAAAAAAGCUCCCAUCUUUUUUAACCCUUAAUUUAAUUUUUUCUCCUAAGAAGAAAAAAAAACCGAUCUUUGUGGGCGACCACGAGAGAUAAAUUCUUGGUUCAUGUAGCCCACCCCAGACCCCUAGAACAAAAUUAAGCCUAAUACCCAAUUUGUGUAGCUCAUAAAUGUAGCCACCCAGUGACCCAGGCACACAUUAAUGUUCUUGUUGUUGCCGUUAAUUAUGAUUUUGGACCACUUUCAAAUUGACUAGUUAAUGCCCUUUUGUUUAUACAAAAAGAAAGAAUGUCAGUGUUUGUUGUGUUGCUAUUUUAUGGUUGUCAUAUUUGUCUUGCUCUUUCUUUUGCAGAUUCCAAAAUUCUUUUCAAUUUAUUUAGGUUAAACAUGAUAAUUAGGAAGUAUAAUGUGGAUUAAGGGAACUGGGUUUUCUGUAUUAUUAUUGUUAGAAUGUUGAGCAUGAGAAAAUCAAAGAAGCAGAAUCUUAAUUUGGUUCUUGUUUUGCUGUUUUUCUUGCUUCUGGAAUUAGUUCUUGUUUGCCCAGCAACUGACGGAGAGAAAGGGUUUUUGCUGCAGUUUAAAGGCAAUGUGUCAAAUGACCCACUGAAUGUGUUGAGUUCUUGGGUUGCUGCGGCUGAUCCGUGCAGAAACUAUACUGGUGUUACCUGUGAUUCUAACCAAAAUGUUGCUAGGAUUGUGUUGUGGAAUACUAGCCUAUCUGGGGUUUUAUCACCUGCAUUAUCUGGGUUGAAAUCGCUGCGUUCAAUUACUUUGUUUGGGAACAGAUUUACUGGAAAUAUCCCGGAAGAAUAUGGAAAUAUUAAGUCACUGUGGAAGUUGAAUUUGAGUUCCAAUGCUCUUUCUGGGUCAAUCCCAGAAUUUGUUGGCCAAUUGGGGAAUUUAAGGUUCUUGGAUUUGUCGAAAAAUGGGUUUUCAGGGGAAAUACCACCCAAUUUGUUUGCAAAUUGUGGGAAAAUGAAGUUUGUUUCUUUAUCUAGCAACAAUCUUACUGGUUCAAUUCCUGAUUCUGUAAUCACCUGUACAAGUCUUAUUGGUUUUGAUGUUUCUUACAAUGUGCUUGGUGGUAAUCUAUCUUCUCGAAUUUGCGAGUUGCCCAAUUUGUCAUUCUUUUCCUUGAGGCGAAAUGUGUUUGCUGGAAGUGUUCAAGGGAAGCUAUCAGGUUGCAACAGCUUAGAGUUUUUGGAUCUUAGUAGCAAUAUGUUCAUUGGGGAGGCGCCUUUUGAUCGAUUUGGAUUGGUGAAUAUGAGUUAUUUCAAUGUUUCUCAUAAUGAUUUUCAUGGUCAGAUUCCAGAGAUGAUAACAUGCAGCCAAAGAAUGAGGUUUUUUGAUGCUUCAUGGAACAACUUGGAUGGGGUGAUUCCUUCAUGGAUCACAAGCUGUUCAAAUCUUAAAAUUUUGGACUUGGAAAGCAACAGGCUUACUGGGAAUAUCCCAAAGGGGAUUGGAAAUUUGAAGAGCCUUUCAAGCAUUCGGUUAGGGAAUAACUCGAUAGAUGGAACUAUCCCACCCGAAAUUGGGGAGAUUGAGCUGUUACAAGUUCUCAAUUUACACAACCUCAAUCUUCAUGGUCAAAUUCCCGGUGAAGUUGCUCGUUGUCGAUUUCUUCUUGAGCUGGAUGUUUCUGACAAUGUAUUAGAAGGUGAAAUACCUCAGUCCUUGUAUAAUAUGACAUACCUUUUGAUUCUUGACCUUCAUAAGAACCAACUCAAGGGUAGCAUUCCAUCAAGUAUUGGAGACCUCUCAGGGAUCCAGUAUCUUGAUCUUUCAGAAAAUUUACUAUCUGGUUCAAUCCCUACUUCACUAGGGAAUCUAGGAAGGUUAACUCAUUUCAAUGUUUCAUACAAUUCUCUUUCUGGGGAUAUACCUCAAAUUCCGAACAUCACAAACUUCGGUAAUACAGCAUUUUUUCAUAACCCUCGGCUGUGUGGCCGUCCUCUAGACAGCUGUUCAGGAACAAUGUCAAAAAGGGCAAAGGCACUUACAGUUUCUGCCAUUGUUGCAAUUGUUGCUGCUGCUCUUAUCCUUAUAGGGGUUUGCAUAGUUACGUUAUUAAAUAAAGGGGCACGAAAGAAUAGGGAAGAAACAGAGACCAUGAUUCUAGAAAGCACUCCUUUGGCUUCAACUGAAUCAAAUAUCAUAAUCGGGAAGUUGGUUUUGUUCAGCAAAAGUUUACCCUCUAAAUAUGAAGAUUGGGAGGCUGGUACCCGAGCUUUGCUUGACAAAGAGCGCCUUGUUGGUGGCGGGUCUUUGGGUACAGUGUACAGAACCAGCUUUGAUGGUGGGAUUUCAAUAGCAGUGAAGAAGCUCGAGACUUUGGGAAGGAUAAAAAACCAAGAUGAAUUUGAGCAAGAAAUAGGUAAAUUAGGAAACAUUCAGCACCCCAAUUUAGCAACUUUUCAAGGUUAUUACUGGUCUUCAACAAUGCAGCUGAUUCUGUCAGAGUUUAUUCCUAAUGGUAACCUGUAUGAAAAUCUGCAUAGCUUAAACUUUGCUAGCUCUAGCACUCAUGGUGGAUACUACAGUGAAUUGUAUUGGGGAAGAAGGUUUCAGAUUGCCCUUGGAACUGCAAGAGCACUCGCUUACCUUCAUCACGACUGUAAACCUCCAAUUCUUCAUCUUAACAUAAAAUCCACCAACAUACUUCUGGAUUCAAAUUACGAACCCAGAUUAUCUGAUUAUGGGUUAUCGAAGCUGCUUCCCAUGUUUGAUAAUUACGGUCUGACAAAGUUUCACAAUGCGGUUGGGUAUGUUGCCCCCGAGUUAGCUCAAAGUUCAAGGGGUAGUGACAAGUGUGAUGUGUAUAGCUAUGGGGUCGUGUUGUUGGAGCUGGUUACAGGGAGGAAGCCUGUAGAGAGCCCUUCUUCAAGCGAGAUUGUUGUUUUAUGCGAUUAUGUAAGAGAACUGUUGGAAGGAGGUUCAGCAUCAGAUUGUUUUGAUAGAAGGUUGAGGAAUUUUUCUGAAAGUGAGUUAAUUCAGGUUAUGAAACUGGGGCUUUACUGUACUGCUCAGGUCCCUUCUAGGAGACCUAACAUGGCUGAAGUUGUCCAGUUUCUUGAGUCAAUUAGGAAUCACAAUACUUGAAAUUGAAAAAAAAGAGGAAGGUUUUAAGUGGGAUCUAUUUGUGUAUGUUCAAUGUGCAGUGAAGCAAUGUAGUUUAGCAGAGAAGGGAGUUGAGAUGCUCUCUGAAGAAACAGGUAGGUUUAGGGGAAAUAUCAGUGAUUCUUUUGUAUUCUUUUUCUUUGUUUUCAAUCUCCCCCAUUGUUGUUCACACCCUAUUUUCUGAAAUAAAUCCAUUGAUUUUUUGUACAUCA